AAUUUAAAUACAGGAAGGGACUGGGACACGGCGGUUGUAUGUAAUGUUGACGCUGCUGCAUGUGGAACAAAACAAGAACUUCUCAAACCCUAACACAGAAGCUACACUUCAUUUUAAUCUAAGCAUACUCAGUAACUUUUUUUUUGUUUUUGUAAGAAACUAUUUUAAAUUGUACUUUUAUUGUGUGCAACUAAUUGUAAUGGUUACUUACCAGCAAGCUGGUUUGUGAACUAAAAAAAAUAAUAAUAAUAAUGUACGCAUACUAUAUCGGAUACAUUUGAGGAUUCUGAAUGUUUACGUAUAUGAGACCUUCAUUGUAUAGUGGUUCCAGUGCAAUCUAUACAAUUGGAAGGCACGUUUUUAAACAACCAUUACAUUUGUCCCGUUGCUGUGUCACGGACAUUACUAACAAUUACAUUACACAAAUGCAGAAUGAAAAAGAUAGUAAAACAAACGGGGAAUACAAAAAUAACGAUGCAGUUUCCGAAAACCAAGAAUUAUCUGAAAGCGAAAAGAAAAUAAUUGAAAUACACGAAGAGGCCUGCCAGGCUGGCUGUCUUCCUGAGCCGUGCUUGCCUAUUUUGGUGGCUGGGCAACAGACAUAUGUAGACCCUGCAACUGGUUAUCUGGUGUUUACCCGACAUGCCCACCUUCAGAGAGGGAAAUGCUGUGGUUGUGCAUGCAGACAUUUCCAGGUGGGUCCCAAGCUAACUACUAACUUAUCAGAAGCAAGCACAGCAUCAACAAGGAGCUUCAUAAUCACUGCAGUGCUGAAGAGGACAAGUUUCUUUGAUGCAUAGUCACUACAGAUGAGAAAUGUAUAUUCCUUUAAACUCUGAAUCGAUGCAACAGAGCAUGCAGUAGCAGCAUUCUUUCUGGAUGGCAAAGGUGUCAUACCCACCAGCUACCUGGUCCACUUACAAUGGCUGUGUUUUUUUGUUUUGUUUUUUGCCUUGGGGCUGAGCUGUCGCAGUAACUAGAUACAUUGCCAUUCAGUGUGUAACAAACUGCCAGGAAGGUCUGUAAAUGUCCUUACCAUCAUUUAUGUGGUAGUAACUGAAGAUCACGUUGUCUGCUGAAAGAGCCAGGCUCCAUCAAAUGAGAGAACCAACAAGUCUAUAUUGUACUUACUAAGUGAGCUACCAGAGGCGCUGAUUACAGGUGCAUCCAUUCUUUAAAUAUAAAAUGUAUUAUAAUUCCAAAGCAUUCUUUGACUAAUUAUGUUCCAGAAAAUAUCCUGCAGUUGUUGAUUUUUUUAAACCCCUGAAACUGUAUUUAUUCAUUUUUAGUACAGUGUAAACACAAUGUUGUACAACUUAUCAGACAAUAUGAGAGGAAGUAGAAUGGUACCACUUAUCAGUUGGUAAGCCUGUCUGGAAUUGUAGUAAGCAAACCAAUUUAGCACAUAAAAUCUGUUAAAAGAAAAAAAAAAACAGCUCUGGAUCUUAUAGUGGAAUCCGUUCUUAAUAGAGGGAGAUAUUCCACGGUUGUUUUAGUGGUGAGUAGGUCUUAAUAUCAAGACGGGAGUUUACUGCAUGCACUUUAACUGCUGAAUAUUGGUUUCCCCUUAAUGAAAUGUUCAAGGGUAUAAAAACCACAGGAACUUGAAAUGCACUAGAUUGAGGGUGGAUUACAUUGUUGGGGCAGGGUAGGUUUGCUGGUGAGGUAGUGCCCUUGCUGUACUUUGACAUGGUCAGCUUUCAGAUUUUAUCAUCUGCCUUUAAUGACUGCUAAACGUGGCUUGAUUGAAAACAGCAAACAUGCAUAAUAUAUCCUGGAGGUGUUUCAGCUAUAUUACCAACCUCUGUAACAUAUAGCAUACCACACCCACGUCAUAUUAUUACAGGAGUCUAUCUCAAAAAGCACCCGUGUCUCCAGCCAACACAAAGGGAAUUAUGUAAGUUGAAAAUUCUGAUACAACCUAAACUGUUACUUUAAUAGCAGCCUGGCAAUCGGAAGAAACAAGCUUGAAGUUUUAAAGUACGUUAUGUAUGGUUAUGUCAAUGUCUAUAGGUUAUUGCCAGGAAAGGUUUUAAUGUUUAAUUCUGAUUGUUUGCAGCGGGCAAGUUCAGUAUUAACAUGAUUAAAAUAUAAAAUGUUUUGAUAUAUAUAUAUAUAUAUAUAUAUAUAUAUAUAUAUAUAUAUAUAUUAGCUCAAAGAGCCAGCUGCCCAACGUUUCAAUAUGUUGUACAUAUCUUUCUCAAGGGAGCCUGUGUUUAUAUAUA